AUGAACUUGUACCUAAUUACAUUACUAUUCGCCAGUCUAUGCAGCGCAAUUACUCUCCCAAAGAGAGAUAUAAUCUGGGAUUACUCCAGUGAAAAAAUCAUGGGUGUCAACCUCGGUGGAUGGCUGGUUUUGGAGCCCUAUAUCACCCCUUCGCUUUUUGAAGCUUUCGGCGAUGAUGUACCAGUAGAUGAAUAUCGUUACACUGAACGACUAGGUAAAUCGCUGGCUUUGGAUAGACUUCAACAGCAUUGGUCAACGUUCUACGACGAAAAAGAUUUUCAAGACAUCGCAGCUUACGGACUUAACUUUGUUCGUAUACCAAUUGGCUACUGGGCCUUCCAAUUGCUGGAUGAUGAUCCUUAUGUUCAAGGCCAGGAAGAGUAUCUUGACAAGGCUUUGGAGUGGAGUAGAAAGCAUGGACUGAAAGUUUGGAUUGACCUUCAUGGAGCUCCAGGAUCUCAGAACGGCUUUGACAACUCCGGUAAGCGAGACAGUUGGGAUUUCCAAAAUGGUAACAACGUUCAAGUAACUUUGGAUGUUCUGAAAUAUAUUUCAAAAAAAUAUGGAACCACGGACUACUACGAUGUGGUCAUUGGUAUUCAACUCUUAAACGAACCAUUGGGACCUAUUUUAGACAUGGAUAAUCUAAGACAGUUCUAUGCGGAUGGUUAUGAUCUAGUUAGAGAUGUUGGGAACAACUUUGUUGUAAUCCACGAUGCAUUUUACCAGGCGCCAGAGUACUGGGGGGACGAUUUCACCUCAGCGGAAGGUUACUGGAACGUGGUGCUUGAUCACCACCAUUAUCAAGUCUUCGAUGCAGAUGAAUUGCAAAGAAGUAUCGAUGAACAUAUAGAAGCCGCCUGUGAUUGGGGUAGAGAUGCAAAUAAAGAGUACCACUGGAACCUCUGUGGUGAAUGGUCGGCAGCACUUACUGAUUGUACUCCUUGGUUAAAUGGUGUCGGAAAAGGCACGAGAUAUGAAGGUCAACUUGAUAACUCCCCUUGGAUCGGAUCUUGUGAGAAUAGCCAGGAUCCUUCGAAAUUGAGCUCUGAACGUAUCUGUGAGUACAGAAGGUACGUAGAAGCCCAGCUAGAUGCUUUCUUACACGGGAAAAGCGCAGGUUUUAUUUUCUGGUGUUUCAAGACAGAGGCCAGUUUGGAGUGGGAUUUUAAAAGGUUGGUUAAUGCCGGUAUCAUGCCUCAGCCAUUGGACGACAGACAGUAUCCAAAUCAAUGUGGGUUCUAA